AUGAACAAGCGGGAUUAUACUUUGGCUGAGCUGCUGACUGAACUUCAGUCGGCGGAGGACCUUAUGGUUCAAGCUAAGGUAGCCAUGCUAAGUUUGGCGCCUAAUUCCUCUGGCUCUAAGCCUAGAAAAGGAAAGAAAAAGGCACCGAACCCAGUGGCAGCUAAGAAUGCUAAGGGAAAGAAGAAACAGCGGGGUGACAAGAAGCCUACUGGAAAGUGCUUCAAAUGUGGAGAGAAAGGUCAUUGGAAGCCAGAUUGUCCUAAGAAGGGCAAGGCUACAGGUAACAAGACGGUUACAUGA